AUGACUGCCAACGACGAGAAUGACGGUACGGCGGCGACUCGAGGCUCUGCUUGCCGCGGCACAAGCACCCAUGCGAGCGGCGGCACCUGUCUUGAAAACGCAACGCAGCAUCAACGAAAGUUGUUAGUGUCGGCGCGCACGGCGCUUUCCAUCUCCCAGUCGUACGUCGCUGAGGUUGAAGUGUUGCUCGAAGAGCUCUCGGCCGGAGUCGAGACACCGCAUACCACGGGCCUGCCGACAUUCCUUCACAAUGGGAAGAAGAACCAGUCGGCGCUUCAGGACCUCAUCAGACGACUAUCCGCCUCGGUGCUGUCUAAGGACUCUCUCCAACGCAUCGAAAGGAAGCUGGAUGUCUGCUCGGUGGAAGUCUCCCAGGCAUCCACACACUGGGACGUGCUGAAACGGUGCCAUUCCCUUGUCGCUGUGAACAGGACGUUCCAAGGCUCAGCCCGAGCGUCGCGGGACCAGGAGAUUGCCAGCAUGCCCAACCUGUCAUCGAGGCAAAAGGAACUCGCUCAUCGGGUCAUGAAGCAGCAGGCCAAGGUGGAGGCUCAUGUCGUGCGAGGCGGUGCUGAAUGGAUUGCCGUCCGGUUCGUCCAGCAGGACAGAUUGGCGAGGCAAAUGGCGGACGGUGGAUGGGGCUGGGGGGAGCACCGAUCAGGAGACGUUGUGGACGAAGGGGAAUGGGGAGACGUCCCGCUAGCCAAGCAGGUCAGACGGCUCGUGGCAGCAACGAGGGUCAACAGACGCGGCUGCCCUCUCCCGCGAUUGCGCAUCGUCCUGCCCAACAUUGGCAGAGACAGCCCCGACGUUGCCGUGCUGCUGGACCAGCUGGGCCGUCUGGAUCCCUCGGUCGAGGUGGUCAUCGAGGACGGGCAAGGUUCCUUUCUCGGCAACCCCCCGCCGGCUGUCGAUGUGGCCGUGCGGAACCUGCUGGGAAACGAGCUGGACGGCCUGACGGAGACGCUCAACGUGGACCUAUCCAUCCUGAUCGACCUCGUCUCGGACAUCACCCAUUCCCGCCUGGAGCCUCGACCGUGGCAGGCGCAGAGCACGAGGGCACAGAUGGCAGACGAGAUGACGGGCCGCUGCCUCAUGACGCAGGUCCUGUAUCCCGUGCUCGCGGGCAGAGCACUGGUUUGCACCAGAGAGGCAGCAGAGCACUUCCACCGCGUGCUCAGCACAGUGGGGACGGCCUCGGAAAGAGAACGCGGGAAGCUGCUCGUCCCGCUGGAAAGCGCUCCUGGAGGGACGCUCGCGCGAGCUCGGUUCCGGGAACUCUCCGCGCACGCGUUGCCCGACACGGUCCAGAUACCCGUCAGAGUGCUCGCCGACACGUGGACGCAGGCGAGCAUCGAGGGGAGGUGCGAGGAGCUCGGCCUGCCGGGCGUUGCGCGGUAUGUCGCGAGCCACGGAGGCUUCAAGCGCGCCAAGCUUUCCAUCUUCAUGUACGGCUGGGCGAGCGGCAACGUCACGCUGACGUCAAACAAGGAGAUUGGCGGGCAGAUCAGAACGCUCGUGGAAAGGUUUAGGCAGAGCGACGACGAGUGCGGACCUGCUAUCUGGGUGGUGGACGUGACGAGGAACCUAGUUGGCAACGAGGGCCACAAGCCGGCAGACGGCAGACAUGAGUGCACACACACAAGGAGACUAUGA